CGGAUCCAGUCACUAAGUGUUCGCAAUAAGAAAAUUUUGAAAGGCAUUUCGUUGCUUUCGCUGGAAUUUGGUACGUUAAGCGAGGAAAAUUUAGCACUAAAAAACGCACUUGUGAAUGCUCAAAGAUCUAUACAUAUGCUGCAGCUGCGGUUAAACAUCGAUCCUUCACUGACAGAUUCUGAAGUACCACAAAAUGCGGAGAAAAUGUGCCAGACAGAAGACGCAGAACAACCGGCAUUAAAUUUGGAGCUUGGCGCAUCUGGGCAAAUUCGAGCUCAAGAUGAAGAAAAUAACAAUAUAAGAAAAAGAUACGACCAAGAGACAGCUGCUGCGCUACAAAAGAACAUGUACCAGUUGAUUGAAGCCAAGAUUGAGCUGAAGAAGUUGGCCGCAGAUAUUCGUGAUGUUGCGCAUAAGGAGCUCAGAUGUAUACGCAAAAGCUUCGAAACAAAAGUCAGCUGUUAUGUUGGGUCAUUGGUUCAGCGCUACCUCAGAGAAGUGGAUGCCCGGAAGCGUUUGCACAAUAAACUUGUCGAACUUAGCGGUAAUAUCCGCGUUUUCUGUCGAAUCCGGCCAGCAGCAUCAGAAAGCAGUGAGAAACUGUGCGUUCACAUUGAUCCAUUUGACAACAGUCUGAUUACAGUCGAUAUGGCGAAUGGAGAACGAAAAAAAUUCAACUGUGAUCGAGCGUUCAGUGAAAAGCACACUCAAGCCGAUGUAAAUUUAUUGUUUUGUUAA